AUGAUGCACAAGCUACACACUCCAGAUCUGUUGAGCGACAAAAUAUCUUCCCGAUUCGUGGCACUGAUAGGAAACAGCCAUCCUGGAUCCAUUACACCAUUGUGGAACACUCUAAUUCACAAACAGAUGCAACAUCGUCCCUGCGUCGUAGUCACUUCAGGAGAACUCAGUUACAGCUGUUUAAAGGGUGACUGCCCCAAUCUUUAUUUCUUGCACACUGAUGAUAUCGACAGUUCGGAGGGAGCUUUCAAGAAGCUUCGUGAUAUUGUUUCCAACAGGGAUGACUCACAACUGGUGUGUCUAUUUAUUGAAUGUAUUCCUUGGUUCUUUCUUGACUGUCCUAAUGAUUUCGAAUUUGGGUUUUACACCCGCCACGUAAUCUCUCUUAUGUUUGACCUGGCAAUCCAUCCCAUGGUAAAGCGACUGACUGUUGUUUUCAAUCCCAUUCGGAGUACCACCGGCGCGUUUCUUUCAUACUCUUCAGAUAUUUGUACAACUUUGGAGCAGUGUGCCACAUCUAUCCUUCGGUGUGGGAAGCCCGACUCUGUUACCUCUGGCCGCAACGAAUGCUGCGUGCAACUACCUCUCACUGUUUUCCACAAGCGAUCAGCCCAAUAUGCGUUUUCUCACCUAGCUGAUGAACAACCGUCUAUCGUUAAUAAACCAGCUCUAUUUGAGCAAUUAGUAGUCGAUAUUGACGUUAAUCUCCUGGAGUUUGUUGGAUUUCACCGUGUGGUAAAUGAUCUAGAUCAACCAACUACGCAACAACAGCCUGAAGCCUCGUUUGCUCUGCAAGUAACAGACAGUGAACGUAUUGCACGCGCUCAGGUGGCCUUACCGUACGAAUUCGCACAAACUGAACUCAGCUCUAGUCAUCCGGUUGACGACGUUCAAAUUCAUUAUCAACCUGACUGUUUCGACGAUUUUGAUGAUGAGGAUCCGGAUGAUGACCUGAACAUU